GUUCAACCGGCCUGCACAACAAAUAAAAGUGUUUCAUUCUUAGCAGCGAGGUUUAGAUUUCGCAACACAUGUUUUGUAACCUGGUGCAUGUCUAACCUUGCAAACGUUUGUAUGAAAAAAGGGAGACGAAUCGGUUAUUCUGCAGUCGUGCAAACGUUAGCAAGAUAGCCUAGCAAGCCAGUCUAAUCAGCUUGCAUGAGCGCCAGUAAGAAGUGGUUUAGCCUGAUGGCUCCGUGCACUGGCAGCGUGCAAGCACUGGUGCACGGUGAGUUUUAAGUUGGGAAAACGCUACCUGCUGUUCACUGAAGAGGUGUGUUGAGUGGUGCUGGCUCCAGUAAUAUCUAAGUCAUGUCAGUGCGGGAGGCUUUUAAUCCAGAGAGUUAUGAGCUGGAUAAAAACUUCAGGCUGACACGCUUCACAGAGCUCAAGGGCACUGGCUGCAAAGUGCCUCAGGAUGUGCUUCAGAAACUUCUGGAGUCUUUGCAGGAGAAUCAUUAUCAGGAAGAUGAGCAGUUCCUUGGAGCAGUUAUGCCCAGACUGGGCAUUGGCAUGGACACCUGUGUAAUUCCCCUGAGACAUGGGGGACUUUCAUUAGUGCAGACAACAGACUACAUUUACCCUAUAGUAGAUGACCCAUAUAUGAUGGGCAGAAUCGCAUGUGCCAACGUCUUGAGUGACCUAUAUGCUAUGGGAGUGACUGAGUGUGAUAAUAUGUUGAUGCUGUUGGGUGUUAGUAACAAACUCUCAGAAAAGGAGCGAGACAAGGUAAUGCCGCUGAUUAUCCAGGGUUUUAAGGAUGCAUCUGAAGAAGCUGGAACCUCAGUGACUGGUGGUCAGACUGUGCUUAACCCAUGGAUAGUCCUUGGGGGUGUGGCUACAACUGUGUGCCAACCAAAUGAGUUCAUUAUGCCAGAUAACGCAGUUCCAGGUGAUGUCCUGGUUCUUACCAAACCUCUGGGCACUCAGGUGGCUGUAGCAGUGCACCAGUGGCUGGACAUUCCAGAGAAAUGGAACAAGAUUAAGUUAGUAGUAACCCAGGAGGAUGUGGAGCUAGCUUAUCAAGAGGCCAUGCUAAACAUGGCCAGACUCAACAGAACAGCGGCGGGUCUGAUGCACACAUUUAAUGCACACGCUGCCACUGACAUCACGGGUUUCGGGAUCUUGGGGCAUGCUCAGAACCUCGCCCGGCAGCAGCGAAGUGAGGUCUCUUUCGUCAUUCACAACCUGCCUGUCCUCGCCAAGAUGGCUGCUGUGAGCAAAGCCUGUGGAAACAUGUUCGGCCUCAUGCACGGCACCUGCCCAGAGACCUCAGGAGGCUUGCUCAUCUGUCUUCCACGGGAGCAAGCUGCACGAUUUUGCGCUGAGAUCAAGUCCCCUAAAUACGGCGAGGGCCACCAGGCAUGGAUCAUCGGCAUCGUGGAGAAGGGCAACCGCACGGCUCGCAUCAUUGACAAGCCACGCAUCAUCGAGGUUGCCCCGCAGGUGGCUACGCAGAACGUCAACACCACACCAGGAACGACGUCCUAAACCAGACCCCACGACCCCAGUUCCUGACCUGAACAGUUAGCUUACUCUAGCACCACCACAGAGUAGAUGCACACAAACCACCUGCCCACCACUGCCUUAUGGCACAUACUACAUGGACAUGCUUAAGACAAAAAGGAAAACAAUAAAACAAUGGGCAGAAAAUGAUAGAAAACUCCAUGGCUUUUUGUGUAGAUAGUUUCUUGUUAAAAGCAGCUACAGAAGCACCUAUUUGUAAGGCGGCUUCUGCAGUGAAUGAAGAGUAUGAUGUUGGUCUCAUACUGCUGAUUCGAUGUUGAAUCUUUCCUGCUCUUCUUCAAUGUGAGUUGUGCUCUCACACCUGCCCACUUGCACCUAUAUACAUACCCCAUGACAUAAGAAUCGCCAGUGUUUUCAUACAUUGUAGCGAUAUAUUCUGAUCAGUGUGCAAAUUCUAGCAGUAGUUUGGACUGUAACCAAUGCCUUGAACAGUAGCUAAAGAUGAACUGAUGAAGAGAAUGAGUAUAUAGGGUUUUUUCUUUACUUUUGUAUUAUACUCCCUUGAACUAAUCAAAUAAAGUGUCCCUUGUUUUGAAUGGUCUGAAUGAAUGAAAAGUAAUUCUGUAAGACUAGUCAAGCCCAAGGUUCUUUAAAGUGUUACAUCUUUAAAGUGUACCAUGUCUACCUUAAAUGGCAGUGUGUUGACCUUUUGUCAGAGAAUGUAAACAGCAGAGAUGCAGUUUAUAUAUUGUAUGAUAUUCACUGUUUAAUAUAGAUGUCAUUAGAUUCUUCUGUGAUAGAGUUAAGUUUUUAUAUUCUCUAUAAAGACCCUAUGAUAUAUAUUUUUUUCUCUCUGUCUCUCUAUCUAAUGGUGACAUAUGCAUUUAUGGCCCUGAAUAAAUCUAAUCUUUUUUUAA